AGAUGACGUGCAGCUUCACUGUAGACAUGCAGCCUCAAGCCGUUGCGGCGCGACGCGUCGCGAGGCGUCAUCCCAUCGGCCGCUGCCAGUAGACUCUCGAUGUCAGAAUCGCCGCGUUCUCCAUAAAGACGGACCCACCGUUUGUGUCACCGGAGGUUUCGCCAAAACAAGAACGCAGACAAGACGGCUACGUGCUCCGCCGCGAUCUUCACAACAGACGUGCGUAUAAGCUGUUAUUUGUGUUUUGAUGAAACGUCUUGGGUUGUUUUCGGCCUACACGACCGCGAUUUUCAGAUCAAUGGAGACGGAUACGUGUUUAUUAGGGUGCCUUUUCUUCGACAUUACAUGGAUUACCCAGCAGCUCCAUAAUUGAAGAAUCAAGAACCGCACGACGCCGAAACGAUGCGCGCGAUGUCCUGGAUCUCCAACCGGCUAGAGGUACGGUCAUAUAAAAGACUCAACUGAGUGUUAUCGACUGAUAUUUUGUGCAUCAAACUGGGGGACCAGGACUGCUUAAUGUCGGAUUACAAAGCCCAGGCUGGGUUGUGCUUGCACAGAUGGCGAACACAAGUGAUCCAGGUGGAAGCAACCCCUCGCUCCAGAAUUAUGCCAUCACUGCGUCUGCGGUCAAACUGGCGUCUUUGGGUCUCAUCACCUGCAUCAGCUUGUUCGGGAAUAGCGUGCUGUCCGUGCUGGUGCUGAAAGACAGCUCGCUCCACAAGGCUCCAUAUUACUUCCUCCUCGACCUGUGCGUGGCAGAUAUCAUCCGCUCGGCUGUGUGCUUCCCGUUCGUGAUGAUCUCCAUCAACAGCGGCUCUGUAUGGAGCUACAGCUACAUCAGCUGCAAGAUCAUCGCCUUCAUGGCCGUCCUGUUCUGCUUCCACAUCGCGUUCCUCCUGUUCUGCAUCAGCGUAACGCGCUACAUGGCCAUCGCGCACCACCGCUUCUACUCCAAACGCAUGACGCUGUGGACUUGCGUCGCGGUGAUAUGUAUGGUUUGGACGCUCUCGGUCGCGAUGGCAUUUCCCCCGGUAUUCGAUGUCGGGACCUACAAAUUCAUCCGGGAGGAAGAGCAGUGCAUAUUCGAGCACAGAUACGUGAAAGCCAACGACACGCUGGGCUUCAUGCUCAUGCUGGCCGUGAUCGUGGCCACGACCCACGUCGUGUAUGUCAAAAUGCUGUGUUUUGUUUACGACCACAGGAAAAUGAAGCCGGCGCAGCUGGUUCCGGCUAUAAGCCAGAACUGGACCUUUCACGGGCCGGGCGCGACGGGACAGGCCGCUGCCAACUGGAUCGCGGGCUUUGGACGCGGUCCGACGCCCCCGACGUUAGUGGGCAUCAGGCAGGCGUCACACAACGCCAACAGGAGGCUGCUCGUGCUGGACGAGUUCAAGAUGGAGAAACGGAUAGGAAAGAUGUAUUACAUGAUCACCCUGGCGUUUCUGCUCUUCUGGGCGCCCUACAUCGUGUCGUGUUACAUCCGGGUGUUUGUGAAGGGAAACGCGCUUCCUCAGGUGUACCUGUCCGCGGCCGUGUGGUUGACUUUCGCCCAGGCCGGAGCCAAUCCCAUCAUCUGUUUCAUCUUCAACAAGGAGCUGAGAAUGAGAUUCAGAGCCUGUCUGCCGUGUUGCCUGACCACACAAACACCCAUGGAGCCCUAUUGUGUGAUUUGAAGUGUUUUACUCUCUUGUUUUCACUGGCUGUGUCUGCUUGGUAAUAUACGGUGGCCCCAAAAAGUACAACAGACCCAGGGGGUGUUUAAAAGGAUGUUGAUUUAAUAUUUCCAUAUCUAUCUUUUUCAAAAUAAAGCUGAUUAUAAUGGUGACACUUCUCUAAGUGAAGCACAAAGAGUGCUGCUUCAGCUAAAGUUAACACUAAUCAAAUGCUUUAACUUUGUUGUGAUCAUUUAGAAUGAACCAUUGUAAUGGCAAAGG